ACCCAAAGAGACGGGAAACGGUACCUUGUUGUCGACUGUGGAGGUGAUUACAGUCACUUCACUGUUCAUGAAGUCCUGGAAGGAGGAGCCAUGAAGCUGCAUGAGGCCUCUGGAAUAAGUUGGGGAGGAAGAUAUAUGGAAGGAAAAUUCAAACAGUUCCUGAGAGAAAUCUUCUCUGAUGGAUUCUGGAAUAACUAUGAACAAAACUUCCCCAAUGAGGUUCAGAAGAUGAUGUAUGAUUUCACUCGUCUCAAACAUUUGGAUGAAGAUGUUCGGAUCAGUUGCCCGGGUAACCUGGUCAUGUUGGCUCAGAAACAGAAAGAGAUUGAAACUUUCUUUGAUUCAGUGGAAGGAGCUUCCUGGGAUGAUGGAUCCAUCAGAAUCUCCAGAGAGAAACUGAAAACUUUCUAUGAUUUUAGUCUGCAGAGAAUCACAGAGACACUCAGAGAAAUAUUGGACAAAAAUCUCAACAUUGGGUUUAUUGUGUUAGUGGGAGGAUUUGCUGAGAGCCAGAUUCUACGUCAGCACAUCACUGAUCAGUUUGGACCUCAGUAUAAAGUCCUGGUUCCUCUUAGACCCCAGGAAGUGAUUCUGAAAGGAGCCGUAGAGCUGGGGAGAAACCCAAAGAUGGUGGAGCCUCAGAGGAAACGUCCAGCUUGGCUCAGAUGUUGUUCAUGAGAUUUAAUUUCUUUUUUUUUUGUUAUGAAUAAUUCAGGA